AAAAUUAACUAGAACGACACAAAGAUUAUUGAAUACAGUAAUAAAGUCGUUAAAGUUCUAUUCUAUUAUUAGGUACAGCUUACAAAGUAAAUAGAAGUAACUAUUUGCAAACAAAUUGUUAUUGACAAAAACAAAAACAAAACAAUUAUCGCUAAUCACAAAUCUGUACUAUUCACUACUUAUAAUAAGAAACACAAUUAUUUCAUAUUCAGUUUAACGGUUGCGUUCGAAGUGACAACAUACGAUUUCUAUCAUGAGCCUUAUUGACGCAGACGCCAUAUUAUCAGAAAACGAAUAUUGGAAGAAAUUAGAGAAGGAAUGGAAGACAGUAGACUUAGAAAAUGAAAUAGAAGAUGACCUGCCGAUGCUGAAACCAGUGUUCAGUACAUUAGAUUUAAAAACAACAUUCGAUUCGUCGUUCCUAUUCAAGAAAGUCACCAAGAAAAUUGGAAGACAACUCUCCAAGAAAUCGACGGGGUCGGCUUUGGACUACAAAGAUUUCAUCAACAAUCUGAAAGACGACCCUCAGAACGACUCCUCCAACCGCUUUUAUUUCAUCAACGGGCAGAUAACUUCGGCGUCUUCGAUUGAAGACAUAUGUCAUAAAAUAGAUGACAUCUUCAAAUCUAUCGAGCAGCUGUCUUCAGCGACUAAUACGAUGAAGAAGAAAGAUGUUCCUGAUGUCGUACAAUGCAGUAUAUCAGCGACGGAUCUGUCGUUCGACGACACGGUAUCAGAGGAAGAUAAUAUCGAUAAUAGUGACAUCGACAGACAUAUUGAAGAGGCAUUCGAACAGUUCAGUGAGACCAUGUCCAGUCUUAGUGCGGAACAGUCUUUGGAUUCAGUCACCACGUUGGUCAGAAAGUUUAGCAGCGUUUUGAAUAGUCCGGGAAUUCAGUGUAGUCCGAGAAGAAGAAGGGAGUGCUGCGAUAAGUUUAGGGAAUUAGCAGAAUUUUGGCAGAAUCGUGCGUUUGAUAAGUAAAAGAGGGUAGGUAGGUAGGUAGCUACUAUCAUAUAAGUAUUUUAUUAUUUAAAUAUUACUAAUAAUAACGUUUAAGUUUUGUUUACUUAUAUACUGUACACGAAGUACUUAAUGCGUUAAUUUUAUAAUUGAAAGUAUUUUGAAUUUUGAUACAGAAAAUUUUAUGUAAUUAAAUAAAUCUUACUUAAGUUAUUUUUUA